CUUGGGAGAGCACUCUUCAAUGCCCUUCCACUUCUUCCAACAACACAUGGAAUCAAGUGCAACGAUUUAUAUGCUUUCAUUAUUGGAAGCUAUGUCAUUUGGACUGCCUUGGCUGGAGUGAGGUAUUGUGUCGAGCAUAUUAGGAGAAGAAGUACUAGAGUUUUGCUCAGUCAGAUUUGGAAGUGGUUUGGCAUUAUUGUCAAGAGUUCUGUGCUGUUGUCAAUAUGGAUAUUUGUCAUUCCCAUGUUAAUUGGACUGCUGUUUGAACUUCUGGUAAUCGUUCCUAUGCGGGUUCCUGUGGAUGAGAGUCCAGUAUUUCUACUGUAUCAGGAUUGGGCUCUGGGAUUGGUCUUCCUGAAGAUUUGGACUAGACUGGUCAUGCUCGACCAUAUGAUGCCGCUGAUGGACGACAGCUGGCGUGAAAAAUUUGAAAGGGUGAGAGAAAACGGUUUCUCUAGACUUCAAGGUCUUUGGGUGCUGCGGGAGAUCGUGUUUCCCAUUAUCAUGAAGCUGCUUACUGCUUUAUGCGUACCAUAUGUUUUAGCCAGAGGCGUGUUCCCAGUAUUUGGUUACCCGUUAGUCGUGAACUCAGCCGUGUAUCGAUUUGCGUGGUUGGGAUGCCUAGGCUUCAGCUUGCUGUGCUUCUGUGCCAAGCGGUUUCAUGUAUGGUUCACCAACCUCCACAAUUCCAUUCGUGAUGACCGGUACUUGAUUGGUCGUCGACUCCAUAAUUAUGGGGAGAAUUCAGAAAGGCGAGAUGAUUCUGGCACUCAAAGUUCUAAUGAAAGUGGCACCGUUGAUGUUCAAAAUAAUUGGGAAGCUGCAAAUGUAGGGAUGAGACAUAGGCACGCUAUUCGCUAAGGGGUAACUAAAAAUUGUCAUGUUUGCUGGUUUUAAGCUCUCGUGGCCUCUGAAUGUAUAGCUGGUUUAACAGCUUAUAAUACCCCCAUGUGAAAGAGGGCGUUUUCUACCUUUUUUUGGUUGGGGGGG